AUGAGAAGAGGAAAUGACACAUCAACCACAGAUCUCAUUAUCCUUGGACUCUUUCCUGAUAUGAGAUAUGUCAGCUUCCUUAUCUCCAUCAUUUUCCUGAGCUACAUCAUUGCCCUCACUGGAAACUCCAUCCUGAUCCUAGUAAUUUGGAUGGAGUCCCAACUUCACACUCCCAUGUACUUGCUUCUCAGCCAUCUUUCUGCUAUGGAUUUAGUUCUCAUCUCUAACACCAUCCCUAAGAUGGUCAUUGACUUCUGGGUGCAGAGGAGAACCAUCUCACAGAUUGGCUGUGGAAUACAGAUGCUGUUGUAUGUUGCCAUGGCAGGUUCUGAAUGUCUCCUCUUGACUCUGAUGUCCUAUGAUCGCUAUGUUGCCAUCUGCAACCCACUGAGGUACUCAGUCAUCAUGAAUUCCAGAGUCUGCCUGCAGAUGUCUACUCUCUCCUGGGUACUAGGGUUCCUAAAUUCCUUGGCCCACACUGUGUAUACCAUGCACUUUCCACUCUGUGACUCCAGAGAGAUUCACCACUUCUUCUGUGAGGUCCCAGCUAUCCUGAAACUCUCCUGUGAGGAUACCUCUACAUAUGAGAUGAUUAUGUUUGUCACAGGAAUUGUGUUCAUCCUCAUCCCCUUUGGGAUUAUUCUGACCUCCUACAGCCUCAUUUUCUUGCAUGUCUUUCAUAUGCAUUCACCUGAAGGAUGGAACAAAGCCUUGGCCACCUGCUCCUCCCACCUCACAGUUGUAAGCCUCUACUUGGGUUCAGGUGUCUUUCUCCUUAUGAUACCUCCCAAACUGUAUUCAGCACAGCAAAGCCAGGCUGUCUCCCUUUUCUACAACACCCUCACCCCCAUGUUGAACCCCAUCAUCUACAGCCUGCGGAACAAAGAAGUGUUGGGGGCUCUGAGGAAUGUGCUGAGGAUGGGUGUCAGUUCUCAAAUUGCAGCCAGAAGACUUCAGAAUUGUAACAGUAUGUUUUAG